CUACUUCUACUACCACACUGACUAAACUCUCUCUCAGUUGCGGAGAAACAAUGGCGGAGAGAACACUUUAUUUUUUGUUUUUAGUUUUUUCUUUCUUAGUUCUGAAUGGUUUCUUCACCCGAGCUUCUUCUAGCUCAGAUUUGGAAGCUUUAAUGGCGUUCAAAGCUAAGUCGGACGUGUCCAACAGGCUUUCCGAUUGGAACUCUAGCUCGGACCCGUGCAGCUUUUCCGGCGUCUCGUGCAUCGACCACCGGGUUUCUAGGCUCGUUCUAGAGAACCUCGAUCUUCGGGGUUCUUUCGAGCCACUCACCGCAUUAACUGAGCUUCGAGUUAUGAGUCUCAAGCGGAACCGUCUCUCGGGUCACAUUCCGGAUCUCUCCAGCUUCACAACUCUAAAACUCCUUUUUCUGUCGCAUAACGACUUCUCCGGCGAGUUUCCGGCGUCUGCAACUUCUCUUGCCCGGCUCUACCGUCUCGAUCUGUCGUACAACAACUUGUCCGGUGAGGUUCCUGCUACUGUUAACCGUUUGACUCACCUGUUGACACUUCGUCUAGAGGAGAAUCGGUUUUCCGGGUCCAUCCCCGGCCUAGUCCUUCCUAAUCUCCAAGACUUCAACAUCACCGGGAACAGUUUCUCUGGUGAGAUACCUAAAUCUUUCUCAAGUUUCCCAAAAUCCGCUUUUUCCCAAAAUCCAAAACUAUGUGGAUCUCCAAUGGAAAGCUGCAAGGUCCUAAGCAAUCCGACUAAACCAGGAUCGGGCGGAGCCACUGCGUCGCCAGUUAUGCCGUCCGGUAAUCCAACAGUGGUAUCAUCUUCUCCAAGUUCGCUCCCGGUGAUUAACUCAACGCCCAGCCAUUCGGAAAACACUCACCACAACAAAACAGCUAAGAUAACCCCACUAGCUCUUAUUGCCAUAAUACUCGGCGAUAUUUUGGUCCUCAUCGUAAUCUCUAUAUUCCUCUACUGCUACUUCUGGCGGAACUACUCGGCCAAGAUGCGAGAAGGAAAAAGCUCGAAACUACUUGACAGCGAGAAGAUUGUUUACUCGUCGAGUCCGUACCCUGCCCAACCCGGGUUCGAGAGGGGUCAAAUGGUUUUCUUCGAAGGGGUUAGGCGUUUUGAGCUCGAAGAUUUGCUGAGAGCCUCGGCGGAGAUGUUGGGAAAAGGCGGGUUUGGGACGGCGUACAAGGCUGUCCUCGACGACGGCAAUGUUGUGGCUGUGAAGAGGCUUAAGGACGCUCAGAUUGGUGGGAAGAGAGAGUUUGAGCAGCACAUGGAGGUUCUUGGGCGGCUCAGGCAUCCCAAUGUGGUUAGCUUGAGGGCUUAUUAUUUCGCGAGUGAAGAGAAGUUGUUGGUCUAUGAUUACAUGCCUAAUGGGAGCUUGUUUUGGUUACUACACGGUAACCGAGGCCCUGGAAGAACUCCAUUGGACUGGACUACAAGGUUGAAAAUCGCCGCUGGAGCAGCACGAGGUCUUGCUUUCAUUCACAGCUCCUGCAAGUCCCUCAGGCUCAUUCAUGGCAAUAUCAAGUCAACCAAUAUCCUAAUCGACAAAACGGGCAAUGCCCAGGUCUCCGAUUUCGGAUUAUCCCUAUUCGGUGCCCCAUCUUCGGGUUCAAACGCUCCACGAUCCAAUGGCUACCGCGCGCCGGAGUCAAACGACGGUCGGAAGCUAACGCAGAAAUCCGACGUGUUCUCCUUUGGGGUCCUCCUCUUGGAGCUGCUGACUGGCAAGUGUCCUUCCGUGGUCGAAAGCGGUGGGCCCGGGUGCGGGUACGGUGGGGUCGUGGACCUUCCGAGAUGGGUCCAGUCCGUCGUGAGAGAGGAGUGGACGGCGGAGGUUUUUGAUUUGGAGCUCAUGAGGUACAAGGAUAUCGAGGAAGAGAUGGUUGGGUUGCUUCAGGUUGCCAUGACGUGUACAACGGCUGCUCCUGAUCAACGGCCCAGGAUGAGCCAGGUCAUCAAGAUGAUCGAUGAGAUCCGCGGGGCUGAGGUGUCACCGAGUCAUGACGCCGUGGACUCGGUCUCCGAGUCACCUUCGGUAUCGGAGGGCACGUGUGGAGCGAGUCAGUGAUAUGGCUUGAGGAAGAUCACUAUUUCAUUUUUACAUAGUAGAAGUAGUAUGAAAAAGACACCAUUUUGUGUGCGCUGUAAAUCACGGUUUUUUGUUAGCUUUUUUAGCUAUUUAUUUAUUUUUGGUCUUGGUCACAUUCUUAUUUGUAGUUUGUCUUAUAACCUCAAAAGUCAGCCUAAUUAUAUUAAAGCAAUCGACAAAUCAAUUCUAUACUACAAAUUUGGCUGUUU